AUGAGGGGGUGUCUCACCUGUCGUCAACGCCAUCUCAAAUGUAAUUCGCUUUCCCCUGCAGAAGCCCGGUUUAUCGGACGGGCAUGGCCAAUUUUCCAGUUCAGCGCCUCUAAUCAUGGUCUUCUAGGUGACAAGACGGGGUCCUCGUGCUUGCGAUGCCAGCGAUCGGGACGGCAGUGUAUCCCGGCACCGACAAAGACGGAAGAGGUCACUUUUCGACACGGGCAAAAUCCGUCACUGCGGCCAAAGGGCCCUCCCCGUUACGGAGAAAGCGACCUCGCGUUUCCUCCCGAUCAGAUAUGGGUUGGGAUGCCUGCGCAGGGUUGGUCCCUCUGCAAGAACGAAGGUUUGAGACAUUGCACUGACGACGGCUCUGUAGUCUCCUUCGAGGACGAGACGGAUCGUACGGCGGCCGACUAUCAUGUUCUUCCGGUAAACCCUCCAUCAGCAUCCCGGAAAGACACAUUCAAGCGUCGAUCUCUAGCUUCCACGGCACCAUCCACGUCGUCGCAUGCCCUCCAGCCUGUAUUGUCCCCGAGUGACAGCACUCCCUCCAAGGCCCUUCCACCACAGGGCCUGGACCCAGUCAAUUUUCCUUUUGCAUUUGAUGAACUCCGCGAUCGACAGAAGGUCGCUAGUUUCAAUGAGGCGUUCCUCCUUCGGCACUUCCGAAAAACGCUCGGCCCAUGGGUGCUUUACCCCAUUCUUCGAUCAACGAUACGGUUGAACUAA